AACAGAUCAAACCAACGCAGACCCAUUCUUUAACCACACUCCCACCUAAAAAUCGACAGAGUGAGUGAUUGAAGAGAAGAGACAAAGAAAUAGACUCUUGGCGAUAAUAAUAAUACUACGGAGUAGUAAUCAGUGCCCAGAAACAGAAUUUGCAAACCCCCCCCCAUUGAAUUAAUAAAGAAAUAAUCAUCAUCUUCAUCAUCAUCGUCAAAGUUAAAGAACUAGACGAAGAAGAAAAGCGGGUUCUUUACCAACAGUAAAGAAAUAAAGAAAAGCAGUUGAAGGAAGCGAAUGCUGCUUUUGUUCAGCUGGGUGCGGGGGAAUCCAUUUACAGUCAGCUCGUCGGCGCAUCUGGGAGCUCCGGGUGGAGGGUAAUCGAUAAAGAUCGUCUUUUUCUCUUGCUUCGCGCCGGUUGAAGCUGUCGGCGGAGGUGUCUUAGCCUGCGGCGGCGCAACUGGAAAAGGAAGGAGACCAGGGUUCGGGAUGGUACUGUAGCACUCGCCGUCACGGCCGUGGAUGGUCUCGCCGUCCUUCGCGCAACGGAGAAAAGGGAGAUUCUUUUGCCGGAAGCUGAAAAGGAGAAGAAAAAAGAUAUGGGGUUUGAAUUUUGAAACCCUAGGAAUCAAUCUGUAGAUUUGGUAGAUUAUAAUUAUUGAGAAGUGAGGAACAGUUACUGUGCAAGUAGAUGAAAUCCCUCAAACGGAGUCAGACGCCGUCCAAUUCUUCGUCGCCCUCUUCCUCAUCGUCUUCAUCAACACCAACUUCCUGGGUUCAGUUGAGAUCCGUUCUGUUCGUAGUAGCCUCCUCCUCGCCGGCCGCCUGUUCUUCAUCUGAUGGAUCUUCGAGCAGGGGUCAUCACAAGUCUCCGUGGUCUAGGAGAAAGAGAAAACACAUACUUUCACCUCAGCAAUGGAAGAGUUUUUUCACAGCAGAUGGAAGGCUUAGAGCUGGCGGAGUUAAAUUUCUAAAGAAAGUCCGAAGUGGAGGUGUUGAUCCCAGCAUCAGGGCUGAAGUCUGGCCUUUCCUUCUCGGAGUCUAUGACUUGAACAGUUCCAAAGAAGAAAGAGAUCACGAGAGAAGUCAGAAAAGGAAGGAAUAUGAGAAGCUGCGGAGGCAGUGUCGUCGCCUGUCAAAAUCCACCGACGAGAAGGAAGCUGAUGGGAGCGGCAGUAGAGAAGGGAUGGAGUCUCCGGACUCCGAAGACGCUGUAAGUGCCCGGGAAUCGCUCUCGAGCAACGAGUACUCUGACGGUGGGCCCGCCGACGACGUGUUGCUGUUCGACGGUAAUGUUAUCGCUUCGAAACGGAUGACCGAACCGAAUUACGCCUCCGAGUCUGAAUCGUCCGACUCGGACUCGUCUUCGGAUCCCGAAGCGAGUCUACUAACCCUGACGUCCACGUCGUCCACCAAGGAGGAAUACUCCCCCGUGGCGACGGAGGAGGUCCAGUCAAAGCUCCGCAACCCGGAAGAUUUUGCCACGUGGCAGCGUAUCAUUCGUCUGGACGCGAUCCGGUCUAACGCGGAGUGGAUGGCGCAAUCUCUCGGCAGGGACGGUGCGGAAUUCCCGGAUGACCGGGCACGCCGCUCCGCGGAGGCUGUCGGGCUGAAGGACUACGACCACUUGGACCCCACUAGAAUAUUCCACGCAGCGAGACUAGUCGCCAUCCUAGAAGCGUACGCGUUAUACGACCCAGAAAUCGGUUACUGCCAGGGCAUGAGCGAUCUCCUCUCCCCGAUACUCAGCGUCAUAGCAGAGGACUUCGAAGCCUUCUGGUGUUUCGUGGGGUUCAUGAAGAAGGCCCGGCACAACUUCCGGCUGGACGAGGUGGGGAUCCGGCGCCAGCUCAGCAUCGUAUCGAAGAUCAUCAAGCACAAGGACUCGCACCUCUACCGGCACCUGGUGAAGCUGCAGGCGGAGGAUUGCUUCUUCGUGUACCGGAUGGUGAUCGUGCUGUUCAGAAGGGAACUGACGUUCGACCAGACAGUGUGCCUGUGGGAGGUGAUGUGGGCAGACCAGGCCGCGAUCCGGGCAGGGAUCGGGAAGUCGGCGUGGAGCCGGAUGAGGCUGCGGGCCCCGCCGACGGAGGAUCUGUUGCUGUACGCGAUCGCGGCGUCGGUGCUGCAGAGGAGGAAGCAGAUCAUAGAGAAGUACAGCAGCAUGGAUGAGAUACUGAGGGAGUGUAACAACAUGGCUGGGCAUCUCGAUGUUUGGAAGCUUCUAGAUGAUGCACAUGAUUUGGUUGUCACUCUCCACGACAAGGUUUAAUUAAUUAAUUAAUUAAUAUUAUAUCCCACACUCAUCACUAAUUGUCUUUGGAUUUUAAUCUUAAACCUGUAUUUUUUUUUCCUUUUGGGAUUUCUUGAAGAAAAAAAAGAAGAAGAAAAACAAAUGCUGUUUUGUGUUUCACCAGUGGAAGUGUAUAAACAGAACAUUUUGGGUUCUUUUUGGUGUUAAUCAAACCUGUUUUGUUGU